AUGGAUGGCAAGAAAAUCUCGAAAAACGUGGCAUUAGCCCUCAAAAAGGAAGAAUUCCACUACUGGUCACCCCAAGAACUCGAACAAGGCGUCAAGAGAUAUCGCAACCUGAAGGCUCUGAUAAAAGACCCCGAAUUCCACGAAGAGAUCACGAGACCGGCAACAGUAGCCAACAGCACAGGAGGAAGAGUCGAACCAACCCUACAGCCACCUCCUCCACAAGAACAACAACAGUGGCAACUACCGUACCGACCGCCACAUCCCACGGUCUCUCCGUUAACAGACUUCCAACCAUACGAGUCAACAGACCGUAUCGGAAAGCAAUUAACAGAAUUCGCGAAACUAUACCCCGACGAUAUGAAAUACAGCGGCGAUAUGUACGAUGUACUCGAAAAGAAGAUGCCAGUAUUCGUGGAUCACUGUAGAAUGCUGGGAAUUCACACCUCCCAAUACAACAGGGCACUUCCCCUAAUACUGAAAGGAAUAGCCAAAACCUACUUCUACGCCUCGAUUAAAGUGAUCAACCCACAGCCCAACUUCGAGACCAUGAUCAACCAAUUGAAAUCACACUUCGAGACUAGGGAAAGGCAACAAGCGUACGUUACGCAGUGGAAUACAACUACUCUUCCCCAAAUCAUUCGCGAUAACCCUGGAAAGACCAAAUCGGAGUGUUUUGACAUACUAUGUGACAAAUUAAGCAAGAUUCAGCCCGGUUUGCCACAACAGGAUCACAACGACCGAUCCCUCCAUACCCAACUUCUACACGCUUGUAGAGAUAUUCCAGAGUGUGCAAUGGCGUUAUUUGUACCGGCUGAGACGUACGAGGGACUUCGCAGCCAAUUAAUCUCGUCGAUCGAGACAGCUACCCGUCUCAACCAACAACAAUUCAACACAGUAGCCAACCCACCAGAGCAGUACUGGACCGACAGAACUUUCAACGGUCGAGGGCGUUAUUCACGAUACAGUCGUUCAUCACGAAGUCGAUCAUCACGAGGAAGAAGCCGUGACAGACCCCUAUUACCGCCAACGCCUAAGAAGUGCUACGUGUGUGGAAAACCUAACUGCUGGUCAACCAAACACACCACAGAAGAGAGACGAAAAGCGUACGAGAAGUUCAAAACCACCCAAUAUGCCCAGGAUACGUCACUUCCAGCAUAUGGCCAAUUUCUCGUCCAAUACGAGGGUUUCGACGGGUUAGACCUACAACCUACCGCCGAAGACCCCCAGCAAUACUACCACGUAACCGAACAAACCAGUGAAAGUGACGAAGAGGAAGAGACCGGCAGCGACAGUCAAUUCCAGGUCACCGCCUAUUUCACUACAACAGCAAUUGACGGCAACAGGAUCGCCACGAUCCUAGCAGACCAGUCAACCCGCCAUGCUAUUACGAAAGAAGACCUCUUCCGCAACCAACCAGAACCGAAAGAGCUACCUUCGCAAUUCACACUCGAGGGACGCUACUCUGCCUAG